AUGGAUAACUCCAAUCGCGUCGGGUCCACUCAAGAUCCCAUAGCCGCUGGCCAUGGUUCAACUAAUAACAGAUUGUCUGGUGGGUAUGAUGAAGCGAACUACAUGCAAAUCAGCCGUCUCGAACAGUUCAGUACUGUAGAGAUGGGGCCACACGACUCGAGCAAUUCCUGGCAUGGUUUAGCCUUUGAUCAAUUACAAGGGGCUUCUUCCCUUCCAGCCAGUGCUCGAAGUCUGACUGAAGGGUCUGAUGCCGCAGAAAAGGUGGAUUCCCUGACCAGGCUCAACAAGGCUUGCGAUCGUUGCAGGAAAUCGAAGCUCAAGUGUGAUUGGUCAAAGCCUUGUGCCCGCUGCGUGGAAGACGGUGUCCCGGAGCUCUGCCAGUUGACUGCACGCAAGAGCAGAAAAGUCUCAGACAGGCUCUGCACGAGCACGGCAUGCGAGCCUUGCAGGAUAGCCAAGGCUCGAUGCGAUGCAAAUCGUCCUUGCUCCAGGUGCUGCAAGCUCGGUAAGCAGCCCCAGUGUGUCGACCACUUGGUGGCUGUCGCAGACCGUCCGCUACCCUUCAGGAACGGCAAGCUGAUCUUCGGAGACGAGCUGGACAACACCUUUCAUGUUGACUUCGGGAGGUUAGGCUGGGCGUAUGGGCCCAUCCGAAGGUGCUGGGAGUGGGGACAUGACCCUGUAGCGAUCCUGAGGAUCUUCGAAGACCUUCCGCUUUACUUCCAGAACAUUCUCCGUGUCGGGCUGACUGCCAUCGAGAUCGUUCAGAGGCACAUGCAGAGCAAGCGCAAUACUGCCGACCGGCUCCUUGCGACCAACGAGGCUCAGGCAAGGCCGAUCCCCAGCGGAUUCGAAGGUUUCGAGGAUUACCAAGAUCAGAUGUGGGACCUCAACGAGGACGUUGGGUACCUGAAGCUCAAGUGGCGCAAGGUGCAGGAAGAGAGGGCAAGCUUGCAGAUCAACAACUCGGUCUCUCGCAUCUUUGGGACGCACAAGGAGGAAGUCCUCGCGCGUCUUGCCCGCCAUGAGCUGCCGCUGUUGACCAGCGAGUUCGAGUGGCUGUGCCGGGUCAUGGACCUGAUCUUCUUCUCCAUCUCCCCUAACUCGGGCAAGCCCAUGAUCCGCUUCGAACGGAUUCACCACGUGGUUGGCAAAGAGUUCAAGUCUGCUCUGGCUUGUAUCACCAACACGUGGGAUCACGACUGGUCGGGCAACGUGCGAGCAGCGGCUUUCUGUCUGCGGCGGGUCUCGAUCGAUGAAUUUGAUGCCCUCAGGAGCACCAACGCGUGCAUGCGCCCUGUUACUCAGCACUGCCUAGGGGACAUGUCGGCCCACCAGAUGCUGGACACUUACCAAAUGGACGUGGAGAAGCUCAAGAUUUCGAACAUGAAGCAGACGGAGCAGGGAAGGGAGAUUUUGUGGAAGCUCGCAGACCUCUCGCAGACGCAACUUGCACCGGUAGUGGCGUAUGCGGAGCAGCUGAAGAGGGCGAAUGGGAGCUACGAUGUUUUCUGA